AUGGGCGCAUUUAUUCCAUUGGCAACGCCUGCUCGCAUAUCAGGGAGCUUUCCGACAUCUGUGAUUACAGCUACAGGUAUCCCCUUAACCACCUACAAGGCUGCCGACGGGUUCAAGCAUUGGAAGUCAAAUACGACAACCAAUUCCACCGACACGACAACUAGCACAUCAUGGGGUCCAAGCACCGCUUUGAGGAUUGGCAUGAGCUGUGGUGUAUCCUUAGGCGCCAUCAUAGUGGCUGUAAGCUUCUUGGCAUUUUGGCGUAUCGUGUUGAAAAAGCCUAUCCCCAUCAUCAGCCGCUUCACGACAAAGAGAUGGAUCGAUCCAAAUGCGACAGAGCUAGAGAACAGAGGACCACAGCCACCAGUAUCCGAGGCACUUGGCUUCCCAUGGGCUUUCGACAAACCCGUAGGGUGGUCCGAAUUAGACCCUCAAAUGAAAAGUGUCGAGAUGGAGGGCGACUGUCGCUUGAGAUCAUCGGCAGAGUUAAAGUGUAAGCGACCAGAGACCGAUACCGAGAGACACGAGAUUGCAGACAAAGAAUCCAUCAUUAUCCCACCGGGAGCGGAAUUAAGUGCGUCGUCAGCCACCGACAGUGCACCAACAAUCUUCACGCAUACCACGGGCUCCCGAAGCACGACAGUCCCCAGUGACUGGAGUAACUUCGUUACUUCAAUCGUUGAGUUGCCACCAAUAUGGUCUUUUAGAUCUGAUGGUCGUCCAGGUUCAAUGAUGGCACUUGGCGACCGAAGCCAGAGAGUCAAUACGCCUCAUAAUCCAGCCACCAACGAGUCGACAGGAGAUACACUCCUUGGCGAGUUGAUGAGACAGAAGUCUUAA